AAUGCCCUUCAUAUUGUAUGUGUCGCGUCUACACGAACUUGUUUGUUUCCACGAUCUACCACGUAGUCAGGGAACUAGGCGGGUUUUGAGAUGACUGGGGCCCCGCCUACUCAAGCAUUCAUGCUGAGGCACCUAUUCUUCAUCGGCCUACUCGGAAUAUCCGCUGGGACCGAGCCAGACCUCAGGUGCCCAGACUAUGUGGCAAGUCAUGCGCCUCUUGUAUGGCUGCAUUCAGACGACCCAUACAAGCCAAGCGACCUACUUACUCACGUUCGCCACACAACACCGGUUCUAGACGGAGAGCCAAUUCGUGGCCUUCCCUCACUCGGGUUGGACAACCUAGACAUUCUCAACGAGUCCGGAGAUCAUGUCGCUCUCACUUCCGACGAGGAUCCCACCACGUUCCCAGCAUGGAUCUUCGGUGAGGCUCCAGACGCGACGGGCAAGCUCCAUAACGCCACGCCCUGUGUUGUGAUUGUGGUUGAGAAGAGCCAGCAAGAUGUCGAUGCGUUUUAUUUUUAUUUCUAUUCAUAUAAUGAAGGACCAAACAUCACCCAAGUCCUAGAGCCGCUCGACCGUUUGGUGAGUGGUGGCAAGGCAGCGUCGGGGAUGCAUUUUGGAAAUCACAUUGGAGACUGGGAGCACAAUAUGGUUCGUUUCCGGGAUGGAAAACCUGUUGGCAUUUACUACAGUCAGCAUGUUGACGGCAAAGCCUAUGGUUGGGAUGAUCCGAUCAUCUCCAAGGCAGAUGGACGGCCUCUUGUUUACAGCGCUCGUGGCUCUCACGCGAACUACCCAGCAUCAGGUGACCAAGUGCACAACGCAGCCCUAGUAGACUACUGCGACGCAGGGCAAAAGUGGGAUCCCAUUCUUUCGGCGUACUUCUACCGAUUCGACCCCGCCACCUUCACGGUGACCAGCCUGGUUCCUCCCAACAGCUCGUCCUCCGCACCACCACCAUCCUCUAACCCGACGUCCUUCUUCUACUUCACCGGCCGCUGGGGGGAUGUCCAGUACCCAGACUCCGAUCCGCGCCAGGAAACUGUGCCGUACUUCGGACUCAAGCGCUUUCAGUCGGGUCCGACAGGUCCUCGACACAAACACCUGGUACGGAAGGGGCUUCUGCCGGAUCGGAGGCGUAGACAAGGCUGGAUGGAGUGGGGUGUGGGGAUUUAUAUGUCGCUGUAUCCGUGUUGUUUCAGGGGUUGGAGAUCAUGGGUUUCGCUGUCGUUUGUUAUCGUUACCCUGGUUGGGAUUGUGCUUGGAAUAAGGUCUGUCUUCCGGAGAUGUAGAAAGCGGGGCUAUAGAAAAUUACUGGAGGAUGACAUACCGUUAGACGACCGGCGAAGAGAGGAAGAGGCUUUAUUAGCUUCCUCCGAUGAGGAGGGGGGAGAAGAAAACGAUCAUUAGGUUGAGUUGGCUUCAUGGAUUUCGUGGGCGUUGGGAUAAGAGCGAGAAACCUCGACCGAAGAUUUAUCUCUUGGUGGAAUCUGUAAUUAAUUGUACGUGCUAGGGUGUGUAGAACAGUUUGAUGACGUCAGAGUUCAUCCAGAUGCUGUUCUGCUUGCUCAAAUGCGCCGGAAAGAGGGAUGCUAGAGAGCGUUGCAACAUUGGUGUUCCUGGUAUAUUUUCCAAAUCAGAUAAGCUCCUAGUACGAGAAGAAUAUCGCUGUGAUUUUGUUAGUCUAGUGCAGAUAACUGGGAGGGGGUAAUUAUAACGCGAUGGCACGCAUAUGUACGGUGUGCCUCACGUCGUCGUCCGCAGAAAUA